AUGUCCUCUCCCGCUCCUCUCCUAAAGAUCCCCACGCCGGGAAACCGAAAGCCGCCCAAGCUCACAGUUGGCAUCCCCCCUUCACCGAACGCUCGCCCCGUCAACCAAGUUGGCACCGCUUCAUACGAUGACCCACACGCCCAACAAUUUCCCGCUCGCCAGCUGCCCCCGGAGUUGAGGAUUGCAACGCCCAUGGGUAGCAGGGGAACAAUCCCACAGGAAAACACCUCCUACUACAAUGGCCGGCCAAUGCAGCAACAACCACAACCCUACAACGCCUCUUCACACGACCUCUCGGCACAUUCACGGUCUGGGAGCUUUACGAUGCAUGAUGGCAAAACCAGUGGCCCGGCAUCUGCAACUUCUUCGUCGUUUUCUACUCUCUCGUUUGCCAUGGGGAUGAGAGAUCCCCUUGGAGCCACCAGGGAUCCGUCGUCCGCAAUCAGCUCCGUAUAUUCCGACCGCGAAGGCGGGAUGCCGAUGGAACGAGAGAAUAGCAUGAAUGGCAUUUUACCUGAUCUGGAUAAACUGAGCCAUGAACUGGGCAGGCCCUUGGAUGUUGAAGAUCUCGAUGACGAAAAGUGGACAGCUGCUAGCGAGCAAGGGAAGAUCAUUGAACUUGACAGCCUCGGCGAAGGUGCCGGUGGAGCGGUCACCAGAUGCAUACUAAUAGGCGGAAAAACGGUGUUCGCUCUAAAGGUCAUCACAACCGAUCCUAACCCUGACGUGAAGAAACAAAUAUUUCGAGAACUAAAUUUUAAUAAGGGCUGUGCAUCAGAACAUAUUUGCCGGUAUUAUGGGGCGUUUAUGGAUAGGUCGUCAAGCACAAUAUCUAUCGCGAUGGAGUUUUGUGAAGGCGGCAGCCUCGACAGUGUCUACAAAGAGGUCAAGAAGCUUGGUGGCCGAACUGGAGAAAAGGUGUUAGGAAAGGUUGCUGAAGGCGUAUUAAACGGUUUAACGUACCUGCAUGGACGCAAAAUCAUCCACAGAGACAUCAAACCGUCGAAUAUCCUCCUCUGCCGAACAGGGCAAGUCAAACUCUGCGAUUUCGGUGUCAGCGGCGAGUUCGGCACAAAAGGCGAUGCAAACACUUUCAUUGGCACAUCGUAUUACAUGGCGCCCGAACGAAUUACUGGCAAAUCUUAUACGAUUACGUCCGACGUUUGGUCUCUCGGAGUCACCUUGCUCGAAGUUGCGCAGCACCGGUUUCCUUUCCCAGCAGAUGGGACGGUGAUGCAGCCAAGAGCAGGCUUGAUUGAUCUCCUAACGUACAUUGUCCGACAACCAAUCCCCAAGCUGAAAGACGAACCAGGGAAUGGAAUCUACUGGAGCGAUAACUUUAAAUACUUUAUUGAGUGCUGCGACGCCAAAAUUAGUGCUAAUUCGAAUCAUCGCAGUUUGGAGAAAGAGCCUCCCCGAAGAGCAACUCCAUGGCGCAUGUUGGAGCACCCCUGGAUGCUUGAGAUGAAGAAUAAGAAGGUCAAUAUGGCGCAUUUCUUGAAGCAAGUUUGGGACUGGAAUGAUUAG